AUGGAGAUCCACGCUAGUCUGGCCCUCACCCUUCUCCUCACUUUACCUUACACCCAAGCCAUCCACGGCCUAUACAGCUUCGGACAGCAUGAUCUGUUCUACAAAAAGAACCACUGUAAGCCAAUUCCCACCAGCCUGCUCCUCUGCCAUGACAUCGAAUACACUGAAAUGCGUCUUCCGAAUCUUCUGGGACACGAGACCAUGAAUGAGGUGCUGCAGCAGGCUUCUUCCUGGAUCCCGUUGGUCCAAAAGCAAUGCCAUCCGGACACGAGAAAGUUCCUCUGCUCCCUGUUUGCUCCGGUGUGCUUGGACGAUCUGGAUGAGCCCAUUCAGCCGUGCAGGUCCCUGUGUGAGAGCGUGAGGAAUGGCUGUGCGCCCGUCAUGUCCGCCUUUGGGUUUCCUUGGCCCAAGAUGCUGGAGUGUGAACGCUUUCCUCUAGAUAAUGAUUUGUGUAUUCCACCAGCCAGUCUAGGGACGGUUGUGCCUGCCACCAAAGAAGUUCCCAGAGUGUGCGAUGCUUGCAAGGAAACGGACGAAAAUGACAAUGAGAUUGUAGACAACCUGUGUAAAAAUGACUUUGCUCUCAAGAUCAAGGUGAAGGAGAUCUCCUACAUCAAUGGGGACACCAAGAUCGUCCCGGAGACCAAGAGUCGAACCAUCUACAAAAUGAACGGCGUGACAGAGAGGGACCUGCGUAAAACUGUGCUCUGGCUGCGUGAUGGGCUGCAGUGCAUCUGUGAGGAGAUGAAUGACAUAAACGCUGCAUACCUGGUCAUGGGCCAGAAGAUGGACGGGCAUCUGGUCAUCACUUCACUCAAACGCUGGCAGAAGGGGCAGCGCGAGUUCAAGAGGAUCUCCCGCAGCAUCCGAAAACUGCAGUGUUAG